UCUUCUGCACUUAGCAACCUACGAGAAGAACCAGUCAAAUUCCUCCACCUCAACUACAAACAUAGACACAAGACUAUGUCAUUUUACAGAAAUUAGUUUCCUUUUCAUUUCAACUCUGUUUUCUUGGAGCUCUCUCUCUGUCUCUCUGUCUCUCUGUCUCUCUCUCUGUUGCUACUAUCUGGCUCACCUUACCUCCAACUGAAAAAACUGAAAUGAAGCGCUUAUCUCCUCCAUCAGCAGAAGAAUUAGAUAGAAGAUCAUUUCCGAGAAGCAUUUAUUCCAAUGACUUGGAAAAGGCCCACGAUUCAGCCAUCCAAUGUAGGAACUUCAUCUGCAAGAGCUCAACCAUGAAAAUGAUCCUGGUCAUCAUUUUAUUCGGGUCUUUCCUCACGCUCUACCGGUCCCAUAACUUUCAUUUGACGGAUGACGAUACUUUGAGCUCUCCUUCCUGGCCUCACGUCACUGCUACAUUGUCAAGAGAGAGUUCCACCGCCAGCCAUCGGUACACGUCAUCCCUAAAUAUCGAAUGGGAUCAAAUCUCAAAUGUGAUCGAGGAAUCUGUUGACAAGGACGAGUAUGAGGUCAUUGGCCUUCUGAACUUCAACAAGAAUGAAACCAAUCGCUGGAAGCAGCUGUUCCCUGAAUCCAAGCAAGUAGUUUUGCACCUGGACUCCGUCCCAGGGACCAUAACCUGGGAAACUCUCUAUCCCGAAUGGAUCGAUGAGGAACAACAUUCCCAGGUCCCAACUUGUCCUACCCUCCCUCAGGUUCACGUCCCAGGUAAACCACGCGUCGAUCUCAUUGCCGUCAAGCUUCCUUGUGACAAGUCGAGAAGGUGGUCGAGGGAUGUGGCUCGGCUGCACUUGCAGCUCGAAGCAGCAAGGCUCGCUGCCUCUGCUAAGAGUUACCGUCCUGUGCGAGUGCUUCUCAUGACCGAUUGCCUUCCCAUCCCGAAUCUCUUCACGUGCAAGGACUUGCUAGUGAACGAAGGCUAUGCGUGGCUGUAUGAGCCCGACCUCAACAAGCUGCGGGAAAAGGUUCUGCUCCCAGUAGGGUCGUGCGAACUAGCCUUACCUCUCAAGCCGAAAGAGCAAUUUCACUCGGAGAGAGCUCAUCGAGAAGCGUACGCUACGAUUUUGCACUCAGCUAAUGUUUAUGUUUGCGGUGCUAUCACUGCAGCUCAAAGCAUACGAACGGCAGGUUCCACGCGGGAUCUUGUAAUUCUUGUGGACGAAACGAUUAGCGAACAUCACAGAGCUGGGCUGGAGGCCGCUGGGUGGAAAGUCCACAUGAUCCAGCGGAUCAGAAACCCGAGAGCCCAACCCGAUGCCUACAAUGAAUGGAACUACAGCAAGUUCCGACUCUGGCAGUUGACAGACUACGACAAGAUCAUUUUCAUCGACGCCGAUCAACUGAUCCUUAGAAACAUUGAUUUCCUUUUCGGGAUGCCGGAAUUGUCUGCCACAGGAAACAACGGUUCCUUGUUCAAUUCCGGUGUGAUGGUGAUCGAGCCAUCAAACUGCACGUUCAAGCUGCUCAUGGACCACAUCAAUGAGAUUGAGUCCUACAAUGGCGGCGACCAAGGGUACCUGAACGAGAUAUUCACCUGGUGGCACCGAAUUCCUAAGCACAUGAACUUCUUGAAGCACUUCUGGGAAGGUGACAAUGAGGAGACGAAGCUGAUGAAGACACGUCUAUUCGGUGCCGACCCACCGAUCCUUUAUGUCCUCCACUAUCUAGGACUCAAGCCAUGGCUGUGCUUCAGGGACUACGAUUGCAACUGGAAUGUGGACUACUACCGAGAGUUCGCGAGCGAUGUAGCACACAGGACGUGGUGGAAUUUGCAUGACGCCAUGCCGGAACAUCUGCAUAAGUUCUGUCUGCUGAGCUCAAAGCAGAAGGCAGCUUUGGAGUGGGAUCGGCAGCAGGCUGAGAGAGGGAACUACACGGACGGUCAUUGGAAGACUAAGAUAGCGGACGAGCGCCUGAAGACGUGUACCGAGGAUUUCUGCUACUGGGAGACCAUGCUGCUACACUGGGGUGAAAAGAACUGGACUGAUGUUGCAACUGAUUCUUCAACAACACAUACGAAGAGCAAUCAAUCCCUUUCUUCAUCAUGACUAUGUUGUCAUGCGCUACUAAUGCAACUAAUAUGAAUACGGAUAAAUUAACAAUAAGAGAAAUUUCUAGCUUUCUUCAUAAUGGUUGAGGUUUGCCAAGUUGUAAAGUUAGACAUUACGUCCUCAUCCUCGACGAGCAUGAUUUUUCAACUUCGGUAUAUUUCAACAUGUCUCAUUUCACUUGUGCCUUCAGAAUACCUAUAAAUGAGCAUUUUAUU